UUGAAAAAUAAGAAUCAGAAUUUGUUUUCAUAAAUGCAAAAUACCAUAAAUCUUAGAAUUGCCGCGCAUUUUACAGACGACAAUUGGUUAAUAGUUAGUGCCAUUUCUACAACCAAUCAAAUUCAUUAGCAACGUUCAGUUAGCCACAGUUAGCAUUAUGGACGAUUUGUGUAGAGAUGUGUUGAAUCGCGCCAAAUUUUUGCUUCUUAUUUAUCGAAAGGGCAAAUCACAUUUGUCUACCAUUAAUAAAUCCAGCACUGAUUAUGCCUGAAUGUGUGCUAAACAUGUUAAAUCAUGUUUGAAACAUAAUAUUCGUAACGGUCAUAAUGAAUCAAUCAAGAUUGAUUUAGUGGAUUGUUUUGCCGUUUUUCGUUUAUCUCGAAAAAAUUAGACGAAGAAAAGAUAUAUUUGCACGCUGGUGGACGCAAGGAUUUAUUCGUGUAUCUGUGUGUUUCUAGUUUUAUAUAGCUUUAUACAAUUCUGUCAUAAAUAUUUUCAAGUGCAGACAAAUAGUGUGCAUUGUUAUAGUGUGAUCAUAAAUAAAUAUUUAUUUAUCAUAAAUAAAUAUUUAUAGAAAUAUUUAUUUAAUAAAAUGUCAGCCCCUACUCGUUGGUGUUCUGCACCAGGUUGUAUGACAAAUAUUAAAAUAACAAAACGACAUUUUUUUAAAUUCCCAAAAGACAGAGAAAGAUGGUUAGAAUGGAUUAAGGCAUGCAAUAGAAUGGACUUAGAAAAAAUAGGUCCAGAAUAUACUAAUCUGUAUUAUCGUUUAUGUCACUUACAUUUUCGAAUAGACCUGUUUAAAAACAUAGAGGGAAAAAUUUUUCUCAAUAGAGAAGCUGUACCAUCAAUAUUUUUGAAGUCAAUACAGGCAGAAAAUGUUAAAUCUGGAGAUCUUGUACAACCACUUUCAUUUGUAACUAUAUUUUUGAAGCCAGAGAGCAGAAGCAAAAAUUCAUCUAUAGAUUUAUCAACUUUAGUGCAAUCAGAGCCUUCUCUGAACAAGAAGAUGCCUUUCUUGAACAAAUCAGAUGAAAAAAAUACACUUACGAUUCCAACUCUAAAAGUACUAUUUCCGAGAACAUCUAUAAAACAAACAUUGGAAAAUAGAAAAUAUCAUGUAACGGUGCUGGAAAGGAAGUCAGAGAACGAUAAUGGAAAUACUUCUACAACGAAGAUACAACUGGUAAAAGAUGUACAUGCAAACUCAGCAGCAUCAAUAAUAUCAUCGCAAUUAAAAAAAGAAUUCAAUGACAAAAAUAUCAUAGAUUUAACAAUUUCGGACUCUUUAAUGUCUACAAUGUCAUCGACUCAUUCAACUCCACAACACAGCAACAGAGAUAUCGUAGGUUUAACAAAUUCGGACUCUUUAUUGUCUACAACGUUAUCGACAAUAGUACCAUUGACUCAUUCAACUCCACAACACAGCAACAGAAAUAGCUUAGAUUUAACAAAUUCGAAUUCUGUACUGCCUACAACGUCAUCGACAAUAGUAGUACCAUCGACUCAUUCAACUCCACAACACGACAACAGAAAUAUCAUAGAUUUAACAAAUUCAGACUCUUUACUGUUUACAACGUCAUCGACAAUAGUACCAUCGAUUCAUUCAACUCCACAACACGGCAACAAAAAUAUCUUGGAUUUAAAUUCGGACUCUUCACUGUCUACAACGUCAUCGACAAUAGUACCAUCGACUCAUUCAACUCCACAACAUGGCAACAGAACAUCAAAAAGAAAGCAUUGGCACAUUUCGACACAGACGCCGGAGGCAUGGUUAUACAUAGACUCCUUCCUAAAAAAGAAACAAAUGGAAAAAUGUGAAACAUGUGCCGUGAGUCUGGCCACGAAGCGAAGGAAAGUGCUCAAUACGGAAGAAGCAGAUCAGCACUUAAACGUGGAGCAGGUAAAAACAGCAUGCGCGAAUUUAUUGCCGCGCGCCUCUGCUCUACUGUUUUCGGCAUGCAUCGACGCCCAGAAGAUGCGCAAAAACGGAAAAAACUUUGACAGGCAAUUUGCGCUUAGAUUGUUCUUCGCAGCGCCGAUCGCAUAUCGAUCUUAUCGGAUGUUGCGUCUGUUGCCUACCGUGCGCCAACUGAGGAGACAUAUUCGCAGCUGGGACAUGCCGCCCGGCUUGAACGCAAUAUACUGAACGCGUUGCGUCUGAAG